AUGGAUUUGGUUUUGGGGGUUGAGGGAAUCAGCUCGAAAGACUUGGGCAGAAAAUGGAGAUUUGUGGAGAAUGGUGGAGUACAACCAGGCUCAGCUCGAAAGGCUCGGCAAAAAUAUGAAGGGAUUUGUUGCUCUAAGCCGAGGAAUCUGAGGAAGAUGAGAAGGCAUGGAAAAAACAAGAAAAAGAAAGUGGAUGUGGAGAAUGGAGGUACGCUGGGCAGUGAGGAGGCAGAUGGAAAAUGA